UCAGGUUUGAUAAAAUAGUUGGCCUGGGUUGACAAUCCUCUUAAACCCCGUGGCGAACUCUGAACGACAGCCUCCCAAUUUGAAACGACAUCGAAAAUGGCGAAUCAGAUCCCGAAGCCUCUGAUCCAUGGGUUGCUAGCACUCUUCGUCUUGUCUACGGCGCUCGGCAGCUCCGACGUUCCGUUCAUCGUCGCACACAAGAAGGCCUCCCUCACACGCCUCAAGUCCGGCUCCGAGCGAGUCUCUGUAUCCAUCGAUAUCUACAACCAAGGUCCUUCGACUGCAUAUGAUGUAAGUUUGACUGAUGAUAACUGGCCUCAGACUGUCUUUGAUGUUGUAAGUGGUAACACUUCAAAGUCAUGGGAAAGGCUUGAUGCUGGUGGUUUUCUGUCGCAUUCUUUUGAACUGGAGGCCAAAGCCAAAGGAAUCUUCCAUAGUUCACAAGCUUUAAUCACUUUUCGCAUUCCCACAAAGGCAGCUUUACAGGAGGCAUAUUCAACUCCUAUACUGCCUUUAGAUGUUCUUGCAGAUAGGCCUCCUGAAAAGAAGUUUGAGUGGGUAAGUGUCUUGACAAACUAGCUGUUACUUUUGGCUGUCUGAUUAUGUAUACGUUUCCUGUGUUUAACUGAAGUGCUGUUUUGUGUUUCAUGGAAUUAUCUGGUUGGGGCCAUAUAUUCACAGGUUAAGAGAUUGCUGGCAAAGUAUGGAUCUCUAAUCUCUGUGGUAUCCAUUGUGGUUCUGUUUGUGUAUCUGGUUGCUACACCUUCCAAGUCCGGUGCUGCAAAGGGAAGCAAGAAGAAGCGCUAAUUCUCUUUAGAUGAAUCAGACGAUCAUCUAAUUGCUUAUGUGCCAUUGGAAUUUCUUGAUGCAGCAGCAUUGGUCCUUUCUUUUUAGUUAGUUUUUACGAGCUAGUGAGAUAUCUCGUUGUUGGAGAUCUUUUAUAAGAAUAGUCAUUUAUGAGUUAGUUUAAAAAUGAUUCAGACAUGUAGAUCUUGUUUAACUUGAGUACAUUCCUGAAUCACAGACUUUAUUUACCAA